CCGAAGGAAGCUCAUUUCCACCGCAGCUGAACAAAAAAACUUUUAUUUUGAAAUUUCAAACCUUUUAUUUUGAAGUGUUUCAGCUUUGGUGGCUUACACAACCCUGGUGACUCGUGGAGAAAAAUGAGAUUUGUUCCCAGUGAGAAGCCAGUGGGGUUACUGUACCUGAGGCUGUUGUAUCUGUCGACGCACUGAAGCACAGCAGGGUUUUUGAGCCGCAACCAGCUGAGUUUGUGUUUCCUCGUGAAGGCUGCAUUCCACUAACCCAAAAAAAGAUUUAGUAUGUCCCAAAUAGUAUGUCAGAAACAGCCAAAAAUAUCACGACGUCCGACUGCAUUUGGCCACAUUUUGCAGUCUCUGGACUUUUUUUGGUCUCUCUGACCCAAAGUCCUGAGCUCACCGUGAGAAACGGCAGAGAGACGGGACCACAGUGACGCCGCACGCGCUUGAAAUCGUUAACUUUUAAUGAUGAACACAGACUGUGCUGCGACAGGAGUCACGGUUUGACUGCACGCAACGUUUUCAGACUGUACGACAUUCUGAAUUUGGAGGAAAACGCAAGCAGUCGUGACCACCAGGUGAACUCAUCGGAGAGAGAGGAGCAUCGUCCUGACACGCUAACUCAGCACUGUCACCUCACAUCAAGGUUCGUGGUUCAAAUCUCCUGAUCAGCUGCACAUGCUCCCUGUGGUUCUACCUGGUUUCAGUGACUGUGGGCGUGGCUGACACUGGGACGGAGGUUUUAAGUGUCAGUGCAAACGGUCUUUUAUUGUGAAACUCUGCACGUACAGGUACAGCUCAUACGUUCAUCCACAGGAAACACAAUGAGAAGGUUUUGACUGGAUACUUCCUGCCCCCUGCUGAUGUUACAUCACAGCUUAAUAAUAUCAAACAUGUUUAUAACUAUGAGCUCAGAGUGUGAGUAAAAAGCUUUAAACAUCUCUGAUACUGAAGCUCCACAUCCUCCCUCUUCUCUAUACAGUCUGUGGUUUCUGAGUAAGAUUAACCGGGAUGAUUUUACGCCUGAUGAGUCUGACUUCACCGUCUUCUGGAUUUCUGUGAGACUUUAAUGUGUUUAACUCGGGAUUAACUCUUUAAACUAGCUCAGAGUCCACUUUAACCAUUUAACCUCAUUUUUAAUAGUUCAUGUGCAGACCGACGUCCGGCAUGGGAACAGCUGUGCUUCGUGGCGAGCAGUCGUGUCACAGCAGCUUCACAUGAAUCUGCCCCGUGAAGCGAGCAGCACUGCAGGCGCAUUGAUGUGAGCUCACACGCCGCUGUGCGCUGACAGAACUUCUCACGAUGGGCUAAAGCAAACACAAACAUCCUGUGAUUUGGAGGAAAUGUGUUUAUGUCACAGUUAUUAGCCGUCCUGUUUAUUAUGCAUCGUUAACGUGCUUAUUUUACAAACCCGUCUCAGCCAAUCAGAGCCAACGAUGACGAGGAUGAGCUCUGUGGCACAGCACUCUGAGGAUGAAGCAAACACUGACAGGACGCUCGCGGGGUCUAAUUUACCACUUCCUGCUUACCGCCAUGGUUACCACCAUCAGGUGACUGAUCACAGAGUCAUCUGUUAUCAUGGUGAUCUCGGCGUGGAUGUGUUCCUGCAGUUUUAACCCCGAGUCGGUGCUCGGUUAAGCUCUCUGGUCAAAUGGUUCGUCUCUGACACGCUGAGCCUGCUGGCGAGGGUUUGAAUUUGAGUUGGUGACCAAUCAGAGCAGUGUGUGUGGCGGGAAACCGUCAGCUGUCUGUGAGCUGAGAGGAAAAAGGUGACCCGUGCAGGUGCCGCUCGCGUAUCAGACGGCCUUCUCAGUGUUCGGAUGGAGCAUGCAGGAUGGCUGCGUGUGUCUCAAAGCUCGGCUCGACUCUCCGGGAAUGUUGUGCACAUCCGGCUGUUCCCUAAUCUGACUGAUUUAAACCGGAGAGGACGGAUGUAGCGAGAUGAUAGCCGUGGUUUCAGAGUGCGGCCUGCUGCGGCUCUAAACGCUUCGCAGCGUGUUAUUAAGGAGUCGCUGCAAAGACGCCGCCAUGCCAAAGCUAACAGAUAUAGUUAGAGGUUACGCUGACUGUCACCAUCGCUCCAUUUAGACGUUCGCUCCAACCAACACAAAAACAAGUCUUCCUUCACACGAUGUGACCUUCAGCUCGGCGAGGAAACCCGGCCUCUGCUGCACACGAGACAUAAAAACACCGCUUCAUAUGGAGGGAUAAACCUGAGACAUGGAGGCUGACAACAAGCUGUACGCCUACAGCUCCUGCACACAUAGGUGGAUGUGUACACGUGUUUCAUGGCAUUAUUUGAAAGGACUGAGUCACACUGACCCUUUGUUUUCACUGAUGCUGUGCUUGACUGAGGUUUGCUGUCACUGCGGUGCAUGGGGCACAGCAGCCCAUCUCUGCAGGUUUGGAGGGUCUGUACGUAAAACCUCCGCUAGACACAACACAGUGAGCUGUGUCAAAGUCACCCACACUGGAGGACUGGAAUAUCUGUACUCCUAAAAACAAAAACAAGCAGAGGAACUCGACGAGCAACAAAAGCUGAAGGCAGACCGACUUGAGUGACGGUCGCUGACUGAGGUGACCAACUCUGUCACGACUCUGACAAACAAACUGGCAUAAAGCGGAGCGCUGCUGAGAGCAGGAUUAUGCUGGCGGAAGAACAGCAGUCGAAUCCACCAGGACAAUGAAGCAACUUUCCAUCUAGAACAUCAGAGACGAAGAAGUCAGGACUCUUUGCUGGUUUCUGUAGUUUAAAGAGCGGCUCGCAAAGGACGGGCCAAGGCAGAACCACAGCGAGUCUAGUGCAGACAAGACGUUUGGUGAACAGGAAGUUUGUGUGGAUUCCAUCUGAAUCCGGGCUUCACGACAGGAAGCUGCAUCUGUUCUCAGUCCUGAAGGCAGUGGAGCAUUUCUACCACCCUGGAAACGCUGUCUCGCCUCUGCUCGCACAAACACCUUUUUCCUCUUUUUCUGAACCAGCUUCUGUUCUGGGUUCAAAUCAACCUGAGCUCUGUUUUGCAAAGAGUACGUCAUUCGACCUGCAACACGUUAACCAGGGAGAACUUCACAGGUUUACUUUCAUCUAUGUGCCAUUCAUGUCAUCAUAGCAUGAAGCAGGACUGACGUGCGUUUCUCAACCAUUAGAGAUUUCACACAGUGACAGAGCCUGAGAACUGAGGAAGUAUGAGCGGCCACACGGAGCGCCUGGAUUAGCUCACCAAUCAGAUUUCAUCAAACAUUCACAGAAACGUAUCGAAACACGUCGCCCUUCUUAGCGUAGUGGUAAGACCACACAGCUUUGGAGUGGAAGUUGCAAGUUUGAUUCCCUCCCAGUAUCCAGUAAGGGUCCUGGCUAGGCCCACCAAGCCCUGACAUGGCGCGGCUACAUCUGCGGCCUGUCUGCAGCUCGGACACGACACAUUUCACUGCAUGUUGUGCUCUGUAUGAUUGUGUACGUGACCAAUGAAGCUCGUUUCUUUCUUCUUUUCUCAGAGUCUGGCAGUAACCUCACUGGACACUCAGUUUAACGGGUUCUGGAAUAAAAAUAUGCUCUGCGUGACUGCGGCGUGCUUGGCGUGACCUCGCCGUGACCGCGGCGUGCUCAGUCAGUAGAUCUAUCGGUGUUUAAACAGGUGUUUCAGUAGACGAUGAGCCUUUAAUGAGGAGCUCUUGAGUCAGUGUCGCUGAGCUUUUUAUUGAACUCGUUUGGACAGAAAAGUCCCACAUCUGCAUUAACACAUGGGCUGUUGGUUUCUAAGUAUUUUGACACAUCUGCGUCGUGGGUGAAUAUGAAACAUGGAAACGCUGUCCCAUCACAGUUACAGAAGAAAAGUUGACGUUUGGCACAAAGCCCUGGGGUGUGCAGGGGAAACCCGGUGUUGCUCAUGUUUCCUGAUAUGGAGAAAUUCAGAUUUGAGAGGUGGGGGUCGGGCGGAGGUUUCAGGACGUGCCUGGCGAGGUGAGAGAGGAGACUUUAAGGGGCCUCAGCACCCGGAUGGCGUGAAACGCUGCAGCCAUCGCCAUCACAUCCUGGGCCUCUGGAGACAGCGAUCAUAUUUGUGUUUGACUGGCUUUACUGCGUGUUAAUAAAGGGGACCUGUCUUUGACUGCAGCCUCUUCUCACCCCCUCUGUUUAUGUCUGAGGAUGGGAGGAGUCUCCCUUCGAGUCCACUUCCUCCUGCCGGCUGAUACGCACGCUCACAAAUAUCUGAGCACCCGGUGCCGCGGUUAUUACUGAGACUGCAGGAUGGAGAGGAUGUAGCACGGCUGCCGAGGGUGAGACCGACGACAGAGGGGUGGUGGUGCGCUUUUAGUGUGAUGAAAGACACCAGCCGUGGGUGUGUGGAUGUCUGCAGAGCAAACCGACCAAUCAGAGGCCCGAUGAGACAAGAGCGGGUUAAUCCACCGCACAGAGCGCCGAGCAGCACGCGUGCUCUGGACAGAUGAACGAGUCAGGGUGAAACAGUGUGAGCGGCAGUAUGAUGGUGAUCAACAAGUCUGAAGAAGACAUGAGCAACUGCAGCAUCAACCAUGGGAUCCACCAGCACGUGUUCUCCUGCGUCUAUAUCCUGGUGCUCAUGGUUGGUGUUCCUGCCAACGUGUACUCGCUAUACCACGCUGCCCUUCAGCUGAAGCAGAGGAACGAGCUGGGCGUUUACCUGAUGAACCUCACUGUGUCUGACCUGCUAUACCUGGCGUCUCUGCCUUUCUGGCUCCAGUACUUCUUUCAGGACGAUGAUUGGCGUCACCGAGAAUGGCUGUGUCAGAUGUGUGGUUUCCUGCUCUACGAGAACAUCUACAUCAGUAUCGGCUUUCUGUGCUGCAUCAGUCUGGAUCGCUAUCUGGCUGUGGUCCAUCCUUUGAGGUUCACGGCUCUGCGCUCCAUGAAAGCAGCGUCCGUCAUCAGCGCCAUCAUCUGGCUGAAGGAGAUCGCGGUGGGCGUGUUUUUCUUUCACCAUAAGGAGCUCAGCAAAGAUCCCAGUAACCACUCGCUGUGCUUCGAGCACUACCCCAUGAAGUCGUGGGAACGUCCAAUCAACUACUACCGCAUCAGCAUCGGCUUCAUGUUCCCGCUGGCCAUUCUGUUGAUUAGCUACCUGUGGGUCCUGCGAGCGGUGGGCCGGAGCGCGGGAACGCAGCCGGAUCAGAAGAUGAGGAUCAGGCAGUUAGUCAGCAGCACCAUCCUCAUCUUCCUCGUCUGCUUCUCGCCCUACCACGUCUUCCUGCUGGUGCGCACGCUGCUGGAGGAGGAAUGCAGCUUCAUCGAAGCCAUAUUUAACUACUACCACCUGUCCCUGCUGCUGACCACCCUGAACUGCGUGGCUGACCCAGUCCUCUACUGUUUCGUCAGCGAAAGCGCCCGCCGCGGCCUCUACAGAGUCGUCUUCAGACCCGUCGCCAGGAUACUCUGCUGCUGCCGUCGCCGUGGCAAUGCCAGUCCCGCCAGUCCGGCUAACGACUCCCACGAGGUUGCCACGGACGAGAACAAUGGCCAGCCGAACGUGACGCUGCUCACGCACAGCAAUACACUGAACAACGGCCAAACGGACGCCGCCUGCAGAAACACGAGUUUAAUCACACGGAUGCACGAAGAAAGCAUCAAAGCACGAGUCACAGAGAAUAACACCUUGGAAAUGUGUGUGACAGAGAAGCAGAAACAAAACCCCGACAGGACGGAGGGACGUGGGCAGAAAUGAAAUGAUCAGCACGCCUCUGGGCACCAAUGACCCGCCUGCACGACGAGGGCGGGCUGUACUCCGCGGGGGCGUGUCUGUGCUGAUGCAACAGCCCAGCCUGAGGGAGGUCAGGGUGGAUCUGAGGUCUGCAGUCUGAAAGCCCCCGUUACCCCUCUGUGGCGUCUGACACGGCGCAACAUGGCUGACAAAACGCACACGAGGAGUUCUGAAAUACUGCAGAGUCUCACGGCAUCACGUCUAAUAAGACUUCAUCAUGUUAGACACACAUUCGCGUCUAAUAACUCGCCUGAAAGGCUCCGUGUGGCAGCGAUGAGGUUCCUGUCAAACAGUGAAACAGGAAGCAGACGUGGAAGAAAUAAACCGAACGCUUUCACCGCAGCGCCGGAACAAACAACAGGACUUCCUGCACUUUGAUUUAAAGAACCACACGUAACAUGAAGGGACGCAGGAAGACCCGACAGAACAUUAGAAACGGUUAUUGAUCAGUGAUCAGAUUUGACCCAUCGAUUGGCUCCAGAAUGAUUUUGACUUAUCGAAGCAAAUUCUUUAAAACAAGUUGAGACUUUGUGACCCCUAACCUUUGGUGACCUGUUAGAAAGUGUUUCCAGAGUUCUUGUUAUCCUAA